GCCGCGCUCGCGGUCAGCCCAGCCGGCCGCCUGGCGGUGGACCAGGGCGCCGCCACGCGCCACCAGCACCACGGCGCCGACCAGGCGCUGCGCCUCAAGCGCCUGCCGGACCACGGCCUGGAUGCGGUCGGACAGGGGCGAGUUCAACGGGGCUGCAGGCAGCGCAGCGGGUGCAGCAGAUGCCGCAGAAAGAGCAAUCGUCAUGGGAAUUCCCGGGAUCAAUGAACAGGGUCCUGACGAUAGAAAGCCCUCGAUUAAAGAAAAAGUGGGGUAGAUUUCCGGGUUAUGCGGAGCUUUCUGUCCGCAAUGAAGGAGUGGCCUUGGACAGCCUCAACGGUCGCCGAGACCCGCAGCUUCGUGGCGGCAGGCCGGCUGAUGGGAGUCUCGGCAUCGGCCAUCGGCAAGAGCGUGGCAAGGCUGGAGGACCGGCUGGGCGUGCGCCUGUUCCACCGCAGCACGCGCAGCAUCACGCUGACGGCCGAGGGCACGCUGUUCCUGGAGCGCAGCCGGCGCAUCCUGGCCGAGAUCGAGGCCGCGCAGCUGGAGCUGUCGCAGGCCAGCGCCGCGCCGCGUGGCCGGCUGCGAGUCAGCCUGCCCCUGGUCAGCUCGCUGGUGCUGCCGGUGCUGGGCGAGUUCAUGCGCGCCUAUCCCGAGAUCGAGCUGGACCUGGACUUCACGGACCAGCUGGUGGAUGUGAUCGAGGAAGGCUUCGAUGCCGUGGUGCGCACGGGCGCGCCGCCGACUCCCGGCUGUCCGCGCGCCGGCUGGGCGCCUUCGGCUACCUGCUGGUGGCCUCGCCCGGCUAUCUGGCACAGCGCGGCACGCCCCGGGUGCCCGAGGAUCUGCUGCAGCACAGCUGCCUGCACUACCGCUACCCCCCACAGCGGCAAGCUGGAGCCCUGGGUGCUGCGGCGCGCAGCGGGCGCGCCCGAGCUGCAGCUGCCCACCUCCAUGAUCUGCAACAACAUCGAAACCCGGCUGUGCUUUGCGCUGCAGGGCCUGGGCAUCGCCUACCUGCCGGAUUUUUCCAUCCGCGAGCCGCUGGCCGACGGCCGGCUGCAGCCCGUGCUGGCGGACUGGAUGGAGCACACCAAUGUCUUCCACGUGCUGUGGCCCGCCAGCAGGCACCCCUCGCCCAAGCUGCGGGCACUGGUGGACUUCCUGUGCGCGCGGGUGUUUCCACAGGCGCAGCCCGGGCAGGUCCAGGACGCUGCCAGGACCGGGGCGCCCAAGACACCCAAGACACCCCAGACAUCCGGGACGCGCGGAUAGGCUGCGCGCCGGCUGCUGCCCUGACUUGCUGGCUAUCGCGCAGGCCCCCAUCUGAAGUCAUAUCGGUUGCUCUGGCCCACCGGCAGGCAGGACCUGCGUCUCGAGCGCUGUGGCGUGCGGGGCGCUGUAUCGGUGGGCCAUUGCGGUUGACAGCUGGCGUUGCAGAUCUUUUUUCUUGUCUCGCUGCGUUGCAUGUCUUCUCGUUCCACCGCUAUCCAUCGUCCCGCCCUUUCCUCGCGAUCGCACGCAAGAACAUCGUUGGCCGUCAUUGCAGGCGUCUGCUUGAUGGCGCUCGCAGCGGGGCUGUACUGGGCCGCGUUGCUGGCCAGCCACCAGAUCAGGCAUGGCUGCGCGUCUCGCAGAUGUCCCAGGCGGUUUCCGCGCAGGCCGGGACCAUGCUGUCGGGCCUGAACUAUUCCCUGCGGGACCUGGCCCAGGACUACGAGUCGGGUGACUCCGAGGCGUUCGGGCGGGCCGUCGCCAGCGUCCAGGAGGCCUAUCCGCCCGGCACCAUCGUCCAGGUGGCCGUGGCCGAUGCAAAGGGCCAGGUGGUGUAUUCGAGCCUGGCAGCCUCGGAGCCGCCUGCGCAGGGCGUGUCCAUUUUCGACCGCGAACAUUUCCAGGCGCAUCUGAAGGGCCUGACGCAGGGAACCUUCAUUGGCCGUCCGGUACAGGGACGGGUUUCCGGGCAAUGGGGUAUCCAGCUGAGCCGCGCCCUGCACCACCGUGGCGCGUUUGCGGGCGUGCUGGUGGUGUCGCUGUCGCCGCAGUACCUGUCACGGCAGUUGCAGGCCAUCUUCGACAGCCCGCGCGACGUGAUCUUGCUGCUUGCGCGAGGACGGCACCUAUCUUGCACGCUCGCAGAACCAGGACCGGGUGCUCGGGCGCCAGUUGCCCGCGAAGCGGGUGGCGCUGUUUGCCCCCGAUGUCACGCAUGGCACCUACGAGGUGCUGGCGAGCACCGACGGAAUACAGCGCAUGUAUGCCUGGAGCCGCGUCAGCGGCUUUCCGAUACUGGUGAGCACGGGGCUGGACCACGAGGCCGUGUUCGGCCCGCUCAACGAGACCAUACGGCAGAGCCUGUGGCGCAACGGCAUAGGCACGCUGCUGAUUUUUCUGGGCGGGAUGCUGACGGCCUGGCUGGCGUUCCAGCGCUGGCGGGAGGAGGACCAGCGGGUCCAGUCCGAAGAGCGCUUUCAUCUCCUGUCGCAGGAAGUGCCGGGCGGCCUGUUCCAGUACAGCUGGGACCCUGCCGGCCACUACGCCCUGUCGUUUGCCAACCCCGGCUUUUAUGCCAUGCACUGCAUCGAUCCGGAUACGGCAGACACCGCCUUGCAGGACCUGGCACAGCGGGUUCAUCCGGAAGAUAUCUCCGCGCUCAGGCGGUCCAUCGACGAAGCGAU